AGGCAAGAGCUUCUGAAGUGGAAUGGAUGGGGGUAUAAUGAUUCCAAAUUCACCUUCAACAAGAAGGGGCAAGCUGAAUUUACUGGCAAACGGUAUAAACUGAGUGGUAUGGUGCUCCCGGCUUUGCGAGAAUGGAUGGAAAAGACAUUCGGUGCUAGUUUGGAUCACAAAACUACCUCCAGAGCAUCUUUAAAUGUAACUGAUGCUCCACCAGCCAUUUUAAACGAAGGGUUUAUCCAGGAUGUUAAAGCCAUUGGCAUUCCAUUUUCUCAUGAUGUUGAGGAUCGGGUUUUCCGAGCUCAUGGUCAUUGCCUCCACGAAAUGUUUACUCUCAGGGAAGGAAUGUUUAAAAGAAUUCCAGACAUCAUUGUGUGGCCACAAUGUCAUGAAAAUGUAGUACGAAUUGUGGACCUGGCCUGCAAACAUAAUGUCUGCAUUAUUCCAUUUGGAGGUGGAACAAGUGUAUCUAAUGCGUUAGAGUGUCCCGAAGAUGAGAAAAGAACCAUCGUCUCAGUAGAUACUUCACAGAUGAGCAGAAUCCUAUGGAUAGAUGACAAGAACCUGACUGCUCAUGUGGAGUCUGGUAUCACAGGGCAGGAUUUAGAAAGACAGCUCGGGGAGAGUGGGUACUGCACAGGCCAUGAGCCAGAUUCCAUGGAGUUUAGCACCUUGGGGGGCUGGGUAGCCACACGGGCAUCGGGCAUGAAGAAGAACAUCUAUGGAAACAUUGAAGAUCUGGUAGUGCACUUAAAAGUGGUAACACCAAGAGGCAUUGUGGAAAAAAGCUGCCAGGGGCCAAGAAUGUCCACGGGGCCGGAUAUAUACCAUUUCAUUAUGGGGUCUGAAGGAACACUUGGAGUAGUUACAGAAGUCACAAUAAAAAUCAGGCCUCUUCCAGAAUAUCAGAAGUAUGGAUCAGUGGUCUUUCCAAAUUUUGAGCAAGGUGUGGCCUGUUUGAGAGAAGUUGCAAGACAGGUGAGCUUGCCUAUGAUAUUUGCAUGA